UCCUGCCUGGGUGAUAAAUAAGUUUCUUGGAGCACAGGUGGUGCCUAGUGUGCUGCUCACAGCUUGGCUCUAGAAGGGUUGCUCGCUUUUUUUACUUGCCUUGUGCGCAGAAAGGUUUCUCUCUCUCUUGCAGAGCUUGGGUGUGGUGGUGAGAAACCUCUUGGGACAGAGCUGCUGAUUCCAGGUGUGUCCCUCAAGCCUUGUCACUGCAGUUGCAACUUCACUGCUUGGAAAAAAAUCAACUAGAGGAGUUAAGGCACUGUAUAAAAGAGCAUGGAGAAAUUCAGAAGUAUUUUGCUUUUGUGCCUUGGCUUCCUUCUAGUCCACGUAAGAGGUCAAGGUGAUUUUGAUUUAGCUGAUGCCCUUGAUCACCCUGAUGACAUAAUUACCAGGAAGCCUACAGUGAUCAGAAGACCAACGAGACCUGUGUACAACAAUGACCUACAUUUAGGAGAUGCUCUUGGUGGGGGUGACAUCUCAAGAAAACCUUUAUACCCACCUCUUCCACCACGCCCAGGAACUUACGGUGGUAACUCUGGAGGUUUUGAUGACUCGGAUCUCCUUGAUGGAAAGCCUUUACCACCAGGAGGCGAGGAGCAUCAUUUCAAUCAUGGAGGAAACACAGAUUCGGGUUUAAUAGCUGGAGUUACAUCUCCUGUAAUUUCAGCUUUUGUAAUACUGGUUGUUGGAUCAAUAGCAGCCUACACCGCUUACAAGAACAAGAAACUUUGCUUCAAACCACGUGGUGGGGCUACAGUGUAAACCACUGAAAGAAGAGUUGCUGUCUGACCACAGGCUCCUUUGGUUGGUGACGUUCUACAUUGCCAUUCCGACAGAAGAAAAUCUUCCUCUAACGAACGUUUUCCUGAGACAUUGCGAUCUUUAUCUAACCUGAUGUCACUUUUGCACCUUGAGCUUUAUGUCAUCAAAGAUACGCUUCAAACAUCCAGGGAUUGUACUGCACUCCCUGACCUGCGUCCAUAAGGGCUGGAUUUUCACUCAGAAGUUAUCUUAAGUACAAAGAAAUCAAGUUUGAUAUAAACUAAAAAUGGAAAGAAUUGGGUUUGUGAGGACUCCAGUCACCAAAUAAAAUCUUUUCAUGUUUUCAAAAUUAGCCAAAAAAACUUAUUUGUUCUAAUAGAAUUGGGAUAAGGAGUUUGCUAUUUCCUUUCACGCUUGUUGGGUUUCUCCAUUAUAUUUUUGUAAUGUUUACUAUAUUUAAAGAAAAUUUGUAGCUGUCAAAAGGAUUAAAAAUUUGAAUGCCUUUGCUUUGUAUUUAUGUCUGAAUACUAGCAAACUGAAAGGAAU